CUGACAUCGGCUGUCGAGUAAAAGCGGGGCUGUUGAUUUUGGCGAGUGAGCAAUUUUAUACGAAUAUAUAACCCUGAACUUUGUCUGCAUUCUGUACAUGGCUGGAAGCUGGAAGAAUGAACAAGUUGUCAAGCAACAGACCUGAAUAUUAAAGUGUAAUUAGCAAACAAUGUUCUGCAAAACAAGAAGCUCUCGGAGGCUGUGACAUGCAGUUUGGAAUUUGAUCAAAUGACCAGAUUUGGAGAGGUCCAACAGUACAAGCUGGCUCAUGGAUAAGGACAGAGACGGGGUCCCAGAGAGGACUGAGAGUACGAGCUGCCUCGUGAAGAAGGCCAGAGAUGAGGCUCCAUUUUGAAGCACUGAGCAAAACUGAAGCAUGGAAGAGAAUGCGGAGGAGGGUGAAGAUGGAGUGGAGUGUGAUUGUCCUGGCGCUGUCGCUUGGUUCACUCUACACAGUCCGUGCUGACUGCACCCAAUGGUGUUCAGCGUGCAACCUGGUCUUGGACAGUUCGAUCAAACCACUGACAUGCACUUUAGAGUGUGAAGGGGUAGUGCUGUCGACUGAUGAGUGGGAAAAAUGUGACAGGGCACUACAGUUGUACAACUCUGACCCAUUGGGUAUUGUAGAUAAAGUUUUUUCUGACCCAGCGACUGAGGAAAAAGAACUUGAACGCCCAGAGGAACUUAGUGGACAGCAGCACAAAGCAAAACGCUAUGGAGGUUUUAUGAAAAAAAUUGACAAGAGCAGAGUUUAUGCACAAGCAUUGGCUGAAGAAAAUGCAUAUAACAAGGACCAAAAUCACAAAUAUGGUGGCUUGAUGAAAAAGUUUAAUGAGAGGGAUUCAUCUGAAUUGCAGGAUCUUGCAACUGCAAUGGAGAAUAUAGCAGCAGAGGAUGAUGUCCCCCCAACAGAAGAGCUAAAACACUAUGGAGGAUUCAUGAAAGGCUAUGGCUACAAAAGAAGUGAGGAGCUGGCGAAUGAGGAGAAUCAAAAUGUGGAACUGCAGAAAAGAUAUGGAGGUUUCAUGAGAAGAAUUGGUAGACCAAGAUAUAAAUGGGAUAACCAAAAAAGAUACGGUGGUUUCCUGAGGCGCAAUUUUCGUGUAUCACUGAGGUCGGAUGAUGGUGAGGCCAAUGAUUACAGUGACGAAGCUUCAGACUUGUAAAAUAGCCAGUCAUUUGAGUCUUGAUGUGAGAGUGUAGACUGCCAAAAUAGAUUCAGUAUUUAAACUCUAAAUGUAUUGUUUGAAUGCACAAAUAUUUUUGCUAUUAUGUUUCUAUUUGGCUCGCUAAAACAGCAGUUGAGCAAAUUAAUUGUAU